GUCGAGGACGACCAAAGUAGGAAAGGAAACAUUAAAUGAAUUCAACGCUCUCUUCUGAAGUUGUCCCUUUUCUUUUCCCUCUCUACGGCUCCUUUUCUUUCGUAAUUUACUACCAACUCCUCUACUCUCUCCUCUGUCUCUCUGCUGAAAUUCCCAGUACAAGAAGCAGAUUUUUCCCAUUGAACCCAUAAUUCAGCUGGAACUAUCAGGUUGAGUAUCUGAGGGAUGGGAACUUCUGAAAUAGAUGAGAUGCCGAUGUUAUCAUCAUCAUAUCCGCAGUCUAAUGAAAUUGAUGGCUUUCAAGAUCAACGUUUUACGUACAGGACAAGGAGUGCAUCCUUAUCAAUGCCAAUGAGCUCUAUGGAUUCCUUUGGAAAUGAUAGUAGUUUUGUAGGCUAUACCGGUCCUUUGAGAAGUGAGGGACGAACUUCAUUGGUUCAUAUGAGCGGGCCAUUAUAUAUUAGUCACAAGCCUGAGAAUAGCUCUCGGCCCACUCCCACUGCAGUAGUGCACAAACCAACUCUGCCAACAACAGAAAAAUAUCCUUCAAUUGGCAGUGGAGAACAAAAUGGUUGGACUAAUAAUGACUACACUGGAAAAAAUGAACAUCUAUUGAAGUCCGGUCAACUGGGCAUGUGCAGUGAUCCUUACUGCACAACAUGCCCAACUGAUAACCAUUUGAAAGCACAAAAAAAAAGUUCGAAGUCUGCAGAUAUGUUUGAUCACCAGUUCCAUAAUAUGCUGUAUGGAGAUACAAAAGGAUGGGCGAAGAGAACUUGUUCUUUCUUGUAUCCAUAUAUUCCUGGUGUCAUGAAUCCUCAUGCGAAGAUUGUCCAGAAGUGGAACAAAUUUUUUGUCAUCUCAUGCCUAUUUGCAUUAUUUAUAGAUCCCCUGUUCUUCUUUUUGCUUAAUGUCCAACAGGGGAACAAAUGCAUAGUGCUAAAUUGGCAAAUGACAAAAAUUAUUGUGAUUUUGAGGAGCAUCACUGAUAUCAUUUACUUAAUGCACAUUCUUCUUCAGUUCCGCUUAGCUUAUGUUGUUCCUGAAUCUAGGGUGGUGGGAGCAGGUGACCUGGUUGACCACCCUAAAAUGAUUGCUAUAAAUUAUCUUUCUGGAUACUUUGUUGUUGACUUUUUUGUCGUACUACCACUUCCUCAGAUCAUCAUUUUGUUGGUUUUACCCAAGUCUAUUGGAUCAUCUGGGGUAAAUUACACGAAGAAUCUACUGUGGGCAGCUAUACUACUCCAGUACAAUUCUAGGUUGUACAGGAUUUAUUAUUUGGUUGCUGGCCAGUCUCCAAGUGGUUUUAUAUUUGAGUCAAUAUGGGCAACUUUUGUCAUAAAUCUUCUCAUAAUUGUUGUAUCAAGCAAUAUAGUGGGCUCAUUGUGGUAUCUUUUUGGUUUACAGAGGGUUAAUCUAUGCCUUCAAGGUGCUUGUCGUAGCUCAAACAUAGAAAGGUGUAUGGAGUUCAUAGACUGUGGUCAUGGCACCGAUUACACAAAGUUUCGGUCAGAUAUUACAUGGGACCAGUGGAAGAACAAUACUGAUGCAGUUGCUUGUUUUACUGAAGGUAGUUUUGACUUUGGGAUCUAUAAACAAGCUGUUGAUCUCACCACCAAACAGAAUGUUGUCACAAGAUAUGUGUACUCAUUCUUUUGGGGCUUCCAGCAAAUUAGUACACUGGCUGGCAAUCAAGUCCCGAGUUAUUUUCUGUUGGAAGUUGUUUUCACAAUUGCUAUCAUCGGAACGGGACUCCUACUUUUUGCACUCCUGAUUGGAAAUAUGCAGAGCUUUCAGCAGUCUCUAAAUCGCAGGAGGUUAGAAAUGUCUCUCAGGCGUCGUGAUGUUGGACAAUGGAUGAGCCAUAGGCGCUUUCCAGAAGAACUAAGAAGGCGAGUUCUAGAGGCUGAGAGAUAUAAUUGGGCAGCUACCAGAGGGGUCAACGAAGAAAUGCUACUAGAGAAUCUUCCCGAAGAUGUUCAAAGAGAUAUUAGGAGACAUCUUUUUAGAUUCAUCAAAAAGGUCCAGAUAUUUGCACUUCUCGAUGAACCCAUCUUAGAUGCUAUCUGUGAGAGAUUGAGACUGAAAACAUACAUAGCAGGAAGCAAAGUUUUAUACCGUGGUGGUCUGGUUGACAAGAUGGUUUUCAUAAUUCGGGGUAAGAUGGAAAGCAUUGGAGAAGAUGGAAAUGUGGCCUCCUUGUCUGAAGGGGAUGCCUGUGGGGAAGAACUCCUCACAUGGUGCCUUGAGCAUUCUUCUAUAAACAGAGAUGGAAAAAAGAUCAGAAUUCCAGGACACAGAUUGCUGAGCAACAGACUAGUUAGGUGCCUAACAAAUGUUGAAGCCUUUAUAUUACGAGCUGCAGAUCUUAAAGAAGUCACCAAUCUUUUCGCAAGAUUCUCGAGGAGUCCACCUGUUCAAGGUGCCAUAAGUGUCAGAUUUGUAAAGCAGACAAGAUAUGAGAAGAUCAACUAGAAGGGCCUCUCUGGAGAUGAUCAUGCCAGAUUUACAUGUAUAUGUUUUAAAGUUAGGUGGUGAUUCCAAGUCAUUAAGCCUUUACUCAAGCUAAUGUCACUGAUUAAAACCCAUUCCGGUUUCUUUCUACUUUCAUUCCUGACCACCAACAAAGCCAUAAUCUUUAUCAUUCUGCAGAACUAGAACGACACUUAGUCUAGUAUAAUUGUAUUCUCUCCAACUGAUAAAGAAAUGGACGUUGGGACUAACUCAACCCCAAAAGCUAGUUCACGAGGUGAGGAUUGCCAAGCCAUAUAAAGAGACCAAUUCCCCCAUCCCUUAGCUGAUGUGGAGACUCGACACCAACUGGAGGAAGUUAUCAUCUUAGUUGUUCAAAAAUUUGUGGAAUGCUAUGUUAUCUUUUUAAGCUAUCCUUGUGGACAAUCCAGAACGUUAUACUUCUGCCCCUCUUCUUCCUCAUAACAGAAUGCCCUGUUUCCCUUAUUUCUCGUCUCUUUGUUUCUGCUCCGCAUUUCCCUUUUCUGAUAUAUCAUAGGCUGGAAGCAUUACCUUAUGAAAGUUUUUUGCUCUCUUCUAUGUUCAUCUUUUGCUUUGAGUGAUGUUUUUAUUAUU